GAAUGUAUUUGUUUAUGUUAAGAACCCUCACUUGGAUUUAAUGGAGGAGGACAUCCUUUACCACUUAGAUUUAGGAACCAAAACGCACAACCUACCAGCCAUGUUUGGAGACACAAAGUUUGUCUGUGUGGGAGGAAGCCCCAACAGAAUGAAAGCUUUUGCUCACUUCAUGCAGAAAGAACUUGGACACAAAGGAGAGGACAACGAUUUGAAAGAUAUUUGUGCUGGGACUGACCGUUACUCCAUGUAUAAAGUGGGCCCAGUGCUUUCCAUCAGCCAUGGGAUGGGUAUUCCCUCCAUUUCUAUCGUGCUUCAUGAACUAAUCAAAUUGCUACACCAUGCAAAAUGCUGUGAUGUUACCAUUAUCCGCAUCGGUACCUCAGGAGGAUUAGGAGUUGAGCCUGGCUCUGUGGUAAUAACAGAUGUGGCAGUGGAUUCCUUUUUCAAGCCCCAGUUUGAGCAAGUGAUCCUAGACCGUGUGGUGACACGAAACACAGAGCUUGAUAAAGACUUGGCUUCUGAGCUACUCGAAUGCAGCAGAGGGAUUAAGGACUUUCCAACACUAAUGGGCCAUACAAUGUGCACAUAUGAUUUUUAUGAGGGCCAAGGACGGUUAGAUGGAGCAUUGUGCUGCUUCUCUAAUGAAAAAAAGCUAGAGUAUUUAAAAAGAGCCUACAACGCCGGUGUGAGAAACAUAGAAAUGGAAUCCACAGUAUUUGCUGCGAUGUGCAGGCUUUGUGGCCUGAAAGCUGCAGUAGUCUGUGUGACUCUCCUUAAUCGAUUUGAAGGAGAUCAGAUCAAAGCCUCCCAUGAAGUUCUAGCUGAGUAUCAGCGACGACCUCAGCAAUUGAUUGCAACAUUGAUCAAAAAACGCCUUGGGUUGAUUAAUGACACGGAAUUAUUAGAUAAUGCACAAAAGUAUUUCAGGAGUGGCUUUUUAACUGUGAAAUUACACGAAUGUACUAUGGGUUCCAAGCAUGAAGACAAUCUCGUUUGUCUGCAGUAG